ACACUGUAUUAUCUAUACCUGCAUCCUGGUACCUUUGCUGUUGGUCACAUGGUUUGUGGUGCCUAGACCACUAAAACAAGAUUAAACUACAACACAUUAAGAGAUUAGUUACCUGGAAGCAGCAGCAACAUUUCUAUCUAUAGCAUUGUCUGUUAAAAAAAUCUUAUAUUCUAAUUUAAUGGAUAAGAUAUAAACAAAAGACCAAGGUUCUUCAACAGAAAGAAAGAUGGACAAGUGAUAAUAUUUGUAAUGCUUAUAAAAGGGAUGAAUACCAAACAACUGAUAGUCUCUUAAUGGUGCCUACAGUAUCUUCUUGACCCCUACAUCAGAACUGUUUGGAAUAUCUGCACCCUGAGUGGAUAAUGGAUGUGGUAACUGAGAACAUCUCUAGCAUACAACUGGCACUUGGUGUGAAAGCUCUGUUGAACCUGUCUGUCAUUGGUUUGAAUUGGCAGGUCAUGCAUAAGAGCUUCAUGGGAUACUUCUGCAUUUCUCUGGCAUUCCUCGACCUCGUCCAAAUUGUCAACACCUCCAUCAUUUACUGGUUCACAAACUUUGCCAUCCUGGGUUUCCAUAUUACCAUCUACCACAUCUACCUCCUUCUGCAAAUCUCCACGCUCACAUAUAGCAUCCUGCACUGGCCCAUUUUCAUAAUCGCCGGGCUGGACUACUACUGGACUUUUCCAUUCUCCAAGCCUUUAAGCCUGACCCGAAAGGCUGUGUAUGCGGCGUCCCUAGCUCUUGUGUGGAUUUCAGCCGUAAUGUAUGUGUUUUUUAUUUCUGAUUACGAUUCUGAAGACAGUUCCUCACCCGUGGAGCACCACAGUUUUUUUAAAUAUAAAGUCAUAAAGUCCCAGUGUGCCUCUCUCUCCUUGGUGGUCCUGGCAGUUAUUACCUGUGUUGUUAUUUACUGCCGAUCCGGAUUCCUGAGUUUGUUCAAGUCCUUCAGGGGCGAGUCCUACACAGAGGAGUCUUCCUCUUUUUUCUUCUACAACCUGGACUUGGAUGAGGGAUACUUGAAGAAGCCGAUAUUGACUUACAUUGCUGUGUGCUUUAUUGGUACCUGGUUCCCGUUUGUUUGUUUGCAGUCAGUCAUUAUGGUGUUCAGGAUAGAUGUCCUCCCCUACCUGGAGUUGAAUGUUCCCUGGCUUUGCUUUCUCAAUAGUUUCCUGAUAGGAGCAGUCUACUGGCACUUGAACCAGGACAUUGCUGGUUUGAAGCACUGUGAAAUUCCAGAUGGUUUCUGCAACUGGAUUUUUUCCCCCAAUCCUGAUUGCAUAAAGAAGGCAUUACCAGACGCAACAUCAGUUACAGUAGCAAUAAUUAUCACUCCCUAGUGCCAUACUGGAAUAGCCAGAGAUCAGGUCACUAGACCCAGGCAGCAAUGGUUAGAAUCCAGCUCACACCAAAUUGCUGAUAUUGGCAAUGGAAAAUUGGAUGGGAACGAUUUGCUUUGUCACCUAAAAGGGUGAUUAACUUGACACUGGAAACAGUGGUCAUCCAUUGAUCUUCAGUUCUAAUUGAUAAGUGGGUUGCAAAUCAGUGAGGUGACAUUCAAAUCGGAAAUUUCAAACAGAGUAAGAUUUAAAAUAACUUAAUGUGUUGGUCUUGCUAGGGUGUCUUCCUCUUUCUCUGUUAAAAUUACCUUUGAUUGUUUAAGUGAAAUGUAAUGUCUAACAUCGACAUAAAGAUGGGUUUAUGUGCAUUAUACCCCAUUCACACGAGCAACAUUGUUUUAAAAAUACUAAUAUAAUCGGUGGACAAUCCAGUGUAAUGUUGUGUUUAUGUCCCCUGCACUCAUAAGUAACUAAAACUUAAUGUAAUCGAUAACCAAAAAAAAAGCCAAAAUAGCCUCAUAAUAUUGGCUGUUAAUGCUGCAUUUUAUGAUGUGAAAGCAAACAUACAACCAUGUAGAUUUUAAUUGUUCAUUAAGAUACCAAGAUUCCAAAACCCUUUGAAAGAUAAUAACAUAGACAUUUUAUGUCAUUAGUAAGGGAGCUUCUGUUACACACUUUAUUAUACUUAAUUUAAAUCCAUCAUUUGUAAGCAGGACUAUGACGAUUUGCCUAAUAUUGUACUACUGGCCUGGAUUCCCUCUGGGUAGCUCUGGUUCUGGGGAGAGGUGUCCUGGGGUUUGAGUAUGCUUCCCAGGGACACAACAGAAACUAUUUUAUCUAUUUAUGAUUCAAAUGCUUUUCCUAUUGCAACUAGAUAAACACAAUUUGUGCUUUAUACACAUUGUCAUGUAUAUUUAUGUACAUAGUUUUUAUGUUUCUAAAAAAAAAAUUAUAUGAUUAUAUGUAUGUAUAUAACAUUUACACCACUGUCCUGUUAUAGUAUACAUCCUGUUUAGAAAAAAAGAAAUACUUCAAUUCGUUGUUAUGAUGUUUAAUUUCCAAAUGUGACCCCACUUGUAUAGAACAGGACCAAACAUGUUGGCAAACAUGAUUAAAAUGUGGUAUUGGAGAAAUCUCAAAUUGCCAUCUCAAUCAUCUCAUAUGCAACAAAAGGAUUGUAUCUGAAAUUCAUUAUUGCCUUGUAUUUCACAACAUGAAAACAUAAACAGUUCAUUUGCAUUAACAAUU